AUGGCACAACCAACGAGCAGCGCUUUGCGAGCACUUGCUAUGGAGUACAAAAGUCUUCAAGAAGAGCCAGUUGAGGGUUUUCGUGUUAAACUCGUUAACGAGGACAACAUGUUCGAGUGGGAAGCACAUAUGAAAUUCCCGCCAGAUUAUCCGUACAGCCCACCGAGUAUUCGCUUUAUGACAAAAGUCUGGCAUCCAAACGUAUAUGAGAAUGGAGACUUGUGUAUUUCUAUUUUACAUCCACCAGUCGAUGAUCCACAAAGUGGAGAAUUACCAUGUGAAAGGUGGAAUCCAACUCAGAAUGUCAGGAAACAAGCGCAGGCAGCUAAAGUGGAAGCCGAAAAAGAAGGUAUUGUAGUUCCGCUCACACUUGAAGAUUAUUGCAUAAAAACCCGCGCAAGGCCAGCAGAGCAGCCCUUAGAUAUGACAGACUUUUAUGAUGAUGAGUAUGAGUUGGAUGAUGAUGACGACGAGGAGCACAGCGCUGGUGAAUACGGAGACGAUGAUGAUAGUGGCAAUGGUGAAUCGUGA